AUGGCUGAUGCAGUGGAGGACUUCUCCUCUCUGCCGCUUCCAGACCGGUUCGCUCACAAGAACUGGAAAGUGCGAAAAGAAGGAUACGAAGAUGCGAAGGCACAAUUCGAAAAAUCCCCCGACGAGUCCGAUCCCGUUUUCAUACCGUUCCUACAAGACCCUGGGCUAUGGAAGGGUGCAGUCGCAGAUUCCAACGUCGCCGCUCAGGUGGAAGGUUUAGGCGCUUAUUGUGCCUUUUUGAAGUUUGGUGGAGUGCAGGCCUGUACAAGGACCCGUGCCUCCACUGUUGGACCAAUUGCAGAAAAGGGUCUACCUUGUGCCAGGCCAGCAGGCAAGGCCAGUGCGCAGGAAGCUCUUCUGCUAUGCGUUGAGCUAGACAGUGCCGAUGGUGUCCUUGAGGAUCUCCUUCCCGUUGUAUCACACAAGGUGCCGAAGACGAUUGCCGGGGCGCUCGCCGCUUUGACCACGUUAUACCACAACUUUGGCUGCAAAAUUGUAGAUCCCAAGCCUACAUUGAAAGCGCUACCCAAAGUAUUCGGUCACGCUGACAAAAACGUCCGAGCCGAGGCACAGAAUCUGACUGUGGAGUUGUACCGAUGGCUACGCGAAGCUAUCAAGCCUCUUUUCUGGUCUGAGCUCAAGCCAGUGCAGCAGCAGGACCUGGAAAAGCUCUUCGAGAACGUCAAACAAGAGGCCCAACCUAAGCAAGAGCGGUUCACCCGGGCCCAGCAAGAUGCCAUGGCCGCUGCGAGCGCAAACCCCACAGCUGGUGAGGGCGGGGAUGAUCAGGCCGGCGAAGAAUAUGCAGAGGAGGGAGCGGAAGAGGUGGACGUCUUUGAUUUGGCCGAGCCCGUCGACGUGAUGCCCAAGAUUCCCAAGGAUCUUCACGAACAGCUCGCAUCCUCCAAGUGGAAAGACCGCAAAGAAGCUCUGGAUGCCUUGUACACCGCGGUCAACGUUCCCCGCAUCAAAGAUGGACCCUUUGACGAAAUUGUGAGGGCUCUGGCUAAAUGCAUGAAGGAUGCCAACAUCGCCGUGGUCACGGUCGCGGCAAAUUGCGUUGAUCUUCUGGCCAAAGGCCUGCGCGAGGGGUUUCAGAAGUAUCGGCCCAUUAUUAUGGCACCGAUGCUGGAGCGUCUGAAGGAAAAGAAGCAGUCUGUAGCAGACGCAUUAGGUCAGGCGCUAGAUGCCGUGUUCACCUCAACAGACCUCUCUGAAUGUUUGGAGGAGAUUUUCGAAUUCCUGAAGCACAAGAACCCCCAAGUCAAGCAGGAAACGCUGAAGUUUUUGAUUCGUUGUCUUCGCACGACCCGCGUUGUGCCCUCGAAGCCGGACAUCAAGGCAAUUGCCGAUGCUGGCACCAAAGCAAUGACUGAGUCCACAGAGGCACUUCGAUCUGGUGGUGCAGAGAUCCUCGGCACGCUGAUGAAGAUUCUGGGUGAAAGAGCUAUGAAUCCUUACCUAGAGGGCUUGGAUGACAUUCGAAAGACGAAGAUCAAAGAGUACUUCGAGACGGCAGAGGUGAAGGCCAAGGAUCGACCUAAGCCGAUUGUCGCUCCUCCCAAGCCUGCUGCUCCAGCUGGCCGCAAAGCUGCCCCGGGUAAGAAACCUGCAUUGGGGACCAAGAGACCGGCUCCAGCGGCCGCGGCCCCUGCCCCAGCGGAAGAGCCUCCAGCCAAGGUGGUGCCUCGGGGAGUUCCCUCGAAACUUGGAAAACCUGGUCUUGCCCCCCUACUAGUGCAGAGACGAGUUGCGACUCCACCAACGGAAGAUGCAGCACCGCCGCCUCCUGCGGCUCCGAAGUUUGGUCUCGGACGUGGCCUCGCUGGCCGUCCCAUCGCCAAACCUGCUGCGCCAGCUGAGCCCGUUCCGGCUCCUGCACCCCCAGCUGUAAACGCCAUGUCCGCGGCGGACCGUGCCGAACUGGAGGCACUUCGAGCGGAGAAAGAGAAUUUCUUGCGCACGAUCGACGACUUGAAGAAUGAGCGAUCCAAGUACAACUCUCAGAUCACCGAGCUCCAAAAUCAAAACGCACAGUUGAUCGAAGAUCACACCAGAGAUGUCUUGAGCAUCAAAGCCAAAGAAACGCAACUGGUUCGGGCCCGUAGUGAUGCUGAAGCCGCUGAGCAGAAUGUUCAGAAGCAGCAACGCGAGAUUGAGAGACUGAAGCGCGAGCUCGCACGAGCUCUUCGAGCAUCGGCAAUGAGUCCGCCCAAUGCCGGUUCCGAUGGGGGCAGUCUCAGUAUUCCCGACUCUACAUCGAUGUAUCAAGAAUCUGUCAGCAAUGGCCACGCCGCUCGCUCGGGUCUGCAUCUUCAGUCCAGAUUCGAAAACAGUCGCCCGCGAAGCUACGUAUCCGCCACACCAAGUGAGGAGAAGGAAAACACUGGAAUCGAGUCACCAGGUGGUCUUGGGGCUCGGGAGAGCGCUGGCUUUGGCCUUGGGCGCCGGAAGCUCAGCCCUACAUAUGGGCUGUCUGGUCUCGGCAGCCCAACGCGGUCAUCUCGAAGCUCAGCGCAUGCCACUGAUGACGAGGUGGCGCCGCGCUCCGCAGAGCCUGCCGAAAACUGGAAGCGUGCUGCGGAAGUGACCAGCCAGCUAAAGGCGAGAAUUGAGCAAAUGAAGGCUCGGCAAGGACUAUCACGACCCCCUGCACACCGUUAA